CUCAAAAAUAAAACUUAACUAAUCACAUUGCAAAAGUGAAAAUUGCGUGAAAUUUUGAAAAUCAAAUUAUAAUCGUUCCACGAAAAUGUUUGCCAAUAACAGUAAUUAUAAUGUGCGUCCAAUUUUGUAUUACGACGACAUAAAUCCGCAUUCGCGUGCCGUUCUAAUGAUUUUGAAUAUGUUGGAUGUCGACAUUGAGCUGCGCGCCGUCGAGAUGAUCAAAGGUGAACACUUGAAACCGGCCUAUGCGAAAAUCAAUCCAGCACUCACCGUACCGACUAUGGUGCACAAGGAUCUCAUCAUCACCGGCAAUGCGAUAUUCUCUUAUGUUUGUGAGAACAAUGACAACGAAAAGGCAAAUCAGUUGAUUGCUUUGAAAUGUUACAAACGGCAUUGUUGCGUUUUGUCGCGCCUAUUCUUCGAGAGUCAAGUCUUGCAUCGCAUACAUGGACAUUUGAUGACAGAUUUAGUGCGAAAAACCAUUUACCAAACAGAUGUGGAUUAUCAUCAAAAAAAGGUGGAACAUGCCUAUGAUGUAAUGGAGGCGUAUCUGAGCGAUAGCCAGUUCAUGGCGGGAUCUGUGUUAACUGCUGCUGACAUUUCCUUUGUCGCUUGCCUUGGCGCCUUGGACAUGAUGUUUCCGAUAGAUGGCGAUCGCAAAAGAUGGGAGAAAUUGAAUGAUUGGUAUAGGCGCAUGCGCUCUCUAUCGAUACAGAAAAUCAACGAGUUCGGCAUUGAGAAGCAACGUCAAAUUGUCGAAUAUUUUGCAAAAUUCCAAUUCAAAUCAGAUAUAAAACGUUUCACCACCGGCUUGCGCGAAUCUCAAAUACCUGGCUUUCCAUCACGUCCGGAUCGUUGUAGCGUUAGCAUACAAACCGUUAGUGGAGCAGAACCGACACUUGAUAUUUUGAGCACAAAAAAUAAUAUCGGUAAAAUAACGUAUUUAGAAGAACAACCUGCAAUGAAAGUUACUGACGAGAGAAACGUAACAAUGCAACCAAAUGCGCUGAAAGAGGGGGUGGCUCCAAAAAUCGUUAAUGAAAUCAAUAAAAUUGCCAAAACGAAAAUUAACCAAAUAUUGAAUGAAGAACUUGAGAAGGAGCUAGCACGAUUUUCGGAACCUAAUUUCUUGCCUCCGCCAAUACCUGAGGAGCCAAAUCCAUCAAAAACAUCCGUUACAAUUUUGAAAGACAUGGAAAAGUCGGUCGCCUACUCUGAAACGCCAAAAGAUGAGAAACCCAUUUUGACAGAUAGAAGUUUAGGCGGCGCGCACAAGGAGAGACCACCAGUGCCACCCAAGCGUAAACGCUAUUUGCUAUCGAAGGCAGAAAAUUCGCAAGAUUUAAAUAAUAUCGCGGAAAAUUCACAAAAACCCGAUGCAACUGAAGCAUCUGAGGAUACAUUGAAUGUCUUUGGAAAUAAUGAUUUAUGUCCAGUAUCAGAUAAACCAGAACGCAUUCAAGCCAAUUUAGCACCAAUGAACGAGAGCCAGGAACACAAGUUAAGUCGUUUGAAUGGUGGCGUUGAGUCAACAAUUCUUCUAGGAAAUAUUAAAGAAAAUGAAAUUAGAUUACAACCGCCAACAGCUGACCCAUUAAUAUCAGCUAAUAAUUCGAGGGAGACCAAUAAAGUGUCACCGAAAACUUCGGAAACCAUAAAAAUCGCGAAAAUAAUAAAUGGUCCGAUCUCCAGUAUCGGAAACCUAUCUGAAGCUUCUCCAUUUAUAGCCGCUUGUAAUUCGAGAGAGCCCUAUAAGGUGUCGCAGAAAGCCACAAUUGCCACGAAACCCAACAGCCGUGCAAAAAAUCACGCUACUAUGAAAUUGAAAGCAGCAGAAGUUCUACUACCAGAGGGUUUACCGAUUAAUGGGCAACAAGCAGCUCUUAGUUAUACUCGUGGUGCCGCCGCGCCCAAUUUACUGUUACCUGCGCCACCUCCAUCACCAGAGAAUUACUCACAAGAUGAAGAAUUUCCACCGCCACCUUCGGAAUUAUUAAUACCAAAACCAAAACCGCGAGCAAAGACAACACCUAAUACAAGGUUAGUAAAUUCCAAACCAACGGUUGAACCAAAUGAACGGUUGGGCAAGAAAAAAAGUGUGAAGCCCAAAAACGGCGUUGUAGUCGAAAGCACAGUGAAGCUUUUACGUAAGAAAUCAGGUGAUUUGAAGUCAUUACCGGGAAGAAAAUCUCUCGCGUCAGAAUCUAAAGUUUGCAAACUCGCACAGAAAUUGAAUAGCGGUGGCUUAUUUGCAAGUGGCACGAGGUCGCCUUGUUCUAAUCGUUCUCAAGGGUCCAUUGUUCGGGGUCGUGGUAAGAAAGUGCCAAAUACAUCAAAUGUAUCAAAAGCCAUACAAAAUUUUACAGCGGACACAAAGGUUUCCCCGAAUGCUAAACGUCUAGAUAAAAAAAUACAAAAAUUGAAAAUCGAUUCGGUAGGAACGAUGGUCGAAAGUUCUGAUUCAUCGACCAAUAUCAUACAAAAACUUAUUGGUCACUCGUCCAAAUUUAGUGCAACAAAGCAAUUAAAAGUCUCUAAUAUAGGAAAUCAGCUAAGAGUUGAAGGAGGCGGCCACGGGACUCCUUCACAAGCGGCUGACGGCCAAAAUGAAUUCCAGCAGCCAACAGUUAUCGUAGUGAAAUCAAAAACAAUGAUGAAAAUGUUAGACGAACAUAGAUAUGAAGAGCGCUGCCAACAGAAAUCUCCAAAGUCUCCCAAACCAAGACCAAAAAUUCCAUCAAAUCUAGUUAACAAGGAAAUGAAGCCAGCAAGCCAAAAUUUUGUAGCGAGAAGUAAACAGAAAACAUAUCCAACUCCAACACGAUUUCAAACAAAAAAUUUCAAAACUGUGGGGAGUCCUCAGCCAACAAAAUUCUUUGAUACAAGUCCAUCUAAACCUGGACAGAGUUUCAAUAAGCAACAGCCCAAACUAGUCGUAGAGAAGAAACCCACAAUUAAAAAUAAAAAGAAAAGAGGUACGAAAGCACACUGCGAUAUUAUGGCCAACAAAACAGCAUCUCCUUUGAACGAAGCUUUGUCUACUCCAACGUCAUUACUAGGCACAAAUGCAAGCCUGCAGUACACGCCCGAACAUGCAACACCAACAUCCGCAGUAGGUACUGUUAGUAGCACAUUGAAAACGCUAACUGAAACUAUUCAUAUCUCCCCAAAACUGACAUCCCCGCCAACUAGUAAUUCGGAUGACACCAUUAUUGCAGAUGUGCCGGUAAAAGUAGGCAUGGUGGCCAAGGCACUACGAACAUUGAACGUUGCAAACUUGAAUUUUCGACCACCGUCCUAUAAUAUCAGUAAAGAACUAACUUCUGCGACUCCUCCACUUCCUCUACCACCAUCCUAUAGUAUCACUAAAGAACUAACUUCAGCGACUCCUCCACUUCCUCCACCAUCGUCCUAUAAUAUCAGUAAAGCACUAACUACAGCGACUCCUUCACUUCCUCCAUCACCGUCCUAUAAUGACAGUAAAGAUCUAACUUCAGCGACUCCACAUCCACCACCGCCGCCAGCAAAUCAUCGGCAUCUUGCCGCAACUUCGCCAUCAUCAUUGCCAGUUAAAGAUGUUCUACCACGGGCUGGUACGAUAGCAAAGGCGCUACAGUCUUUGAGCGCCGUUACUUCGGAAGCAAGUCCGUUAUGCGGCACAGUUAAACCAUUUCGAAAAACUGACUUAAAGAUGAAAUUUAUGGAAUCGGCAAGAACGUCAGAAGUAACAGAUAAAGCUUUAAACAAUAAUAUUACUAGUAAUGCCGAUGAAAAAAUUGACGCGAGACCUUUGGCCGAAAUACUCACAGCAACAGUAAAGCAAAUAAACAAAGAAAGUUCCGAUGACACUAAAUCAACCACACUGUCCGAGGGGAUUAAGGAAGUGUUAUUAAAAAUGCAAACUCUGCCAGAGAAGAAUGUGAUGCCAGUUGUUAUAGUAAAUAGCAUGACUGAAAGUACAAAACCUUUUCAAAGCGCAGUCAUAACACCUUCAACGAGCGUUAUUACUGAUCUUAAGAAUUCAGCAGAUAAAAUGAUUGUACAAUCCGAGUCGAACAAUCCGCUAUUAACAGUGCAGCCUUCGUUGAAUUUGGGAACUUUGCACGAAUCCGUAGUAUCGCCGAUCGUAUGUGAACCCGUACAAGUAUUGGUACCAACCAAGAAAGUAUCAAUCGCCGAGCCAUACGAUAUGGCAAAAGCGUACCCCUCAUGGGCUGCACGCACCGAGGCCAGCAUUUUAUCUGCAAGUGAUGUUAAAUCAUCCAAAGAAGAAAAGAAUAAGCUUGAAGCAUCCAAAAACAAACGUUAUGUUAUAGACAGAACCAUGAUAAAUGACGGUAUUGUAGAUAUGGAACCUACACCACUACCGGGUCAGCCGAAUAUUAUUAUUACUGGUUAUACGCCCAUGGAACCGAAAAACGUCGCCCCUUUGUUUGUUGGCACAAGUCGCCCGAUAGGUAAUAUGAUAGCACCAGCACUACGACGACCCACAAACGGUCCACGUACUCAUGGGCCCUCCGCAAAUGUGGUGAUUUCCACUUUUGGCUACACGCCAAUGUCUGAUUUAGAUACCAUUCCGGAACAUCUCAUACAUAUGCUUAAUAAGCCCAUAUACAUUGAGCAGCAAACAGCACCGCCUACACCAGUUUUCAGUGCAGCAGCUGCACCAGUAACAACAGUUGGAGAAGAGCGCACACAUGUUCCUCGUCGUAAAGGAGAUAGACCGUAUCCGACAGCACAUAGAAGUGGCAGCCAGCGGAGGACUGAUCAAAGUAUCAAUAUUAGAGGGCGAGUUAUGUGAUCGAUUAUUGCCAGCUUUCAAAAUUAUUACUAACGGUAACGUAGUUUGUGGGUCAUAUAUAAGAAAUAUAUAAGAAGACUUUUUUUUUGUUUUUUUCUUGUCGUUUAGAAUAUAUACCAAAUCUAACCAUAGCUACUGUAAUAUUAUGAUGUAAUUAUCGUGCAAUAAAACUGCUAAAAAUAAAGUAAUCAAUGUGAAACAAAAAUUAUAUUAGGCUUGCCACGAAAUU